AUGCUAGACGAAGAAUGCACAGUGACCGCACACGUCAACAUUUCGCAACUGAGGAAUUUGAAGGCGAAUCCCGAAGCUACACGUCCACAGCAGCACAAAGUUUACUUCCAGCACGACAACGCUCGCCCUCACAUUGCAAGAACGACCAAAACUGAAGUGCCGAAUUUCGGCAGGACAAGUUUACCACACCAACCGUGCUCCUCAGACUUGGAUCCCACGGACUACCACUUUUUUCCCCAUCUUCAACGUCAUCUGGAUGGUCAGGAGUUUCAAAUCCGCAACGACAUCAAAAUGGCACUGGAACAGUUCUCCAAAGGCCAACUCCCAGCGUUCUAA